AUGUUGCCCAAUAGAGACUUUCUGUCAGUGGGGGUGGGCCUUCUAUUCGCGUUCAUUGUGGUCAAUUUUGCGGAUGUGAUACAUUCGAGGCACUGGUCGACGCAGAUCCCAGAUAGGACACACAGAGCAGCAGAACUCGAAGGCAUUCCUUACAACACCUUCACAGAGCUUGUGGAUGAUGUUCUCAAUCAUGGCAAUGCGAGUGUCAUGCUGCCGUCCAACCUUGUCCUCAUGUACCAGGCUGCAAUGUCAAACGGCAGCCUUGGGGAGCUUGGCCUAGUAGAUGUGGCACACCCUUUCGCAGAGAGGCCCAUCAAUUUGACCCUUGACCGUCUUCACGUCACCUCGGUGGACAGCUUCUGGCAGGCCGCGCUCAACGCCAGCAAGGAUGUCAUUGAGCAGGUGCAGGCUCUGGUCGACCUGACUGGAGUCACCACUUUGCCAAGCCUGGCAGAAUGGGCCACGCUGGCAGACAAGAGGCAGCUGCAUGGGAUGUAUCAAGGCUAUUUUGAGGCUGAUACCGUGCGAAGGACUCCGCCAAUUCCUACAUCUUUUGUGGAAACUCCAGGCACACCAGAAGAGCUUCUGGCUCUGUGCCACAAUGACGACAUAGUUGUAAGCACUGAUACUCUUCUGGACGCUACCAUGGAAGCGAUAUAUGAUGGCCUGCUGCGACUAGAAAGAGAGCUGCAACAACUGCGCAGGCACGGCGCAGAUGUGAGCAGAAAUAGUGGUGAGCACGCGGCCUCUGGCAAGGGGGAUGAGCCCUGGAGAGCAAAGCCGCCUCUGCCAGCUGACCUUCCGCCAGACUUGCAACACUCUGGCGCCAUAUCCACAGAGCCCUACCUGAAAAAGGCAGCCCAGCUGAUGGCUUCAAGGAGCUGUGGCGAGGGGUGGCUGCUGCAGCCCAAGAUCAUGGACAUGCCCGACCUGGAAUACAGGGUAUAUCUCAUAGGCGGCGCAGCAGCGACGGGGACUCCAGAGGAUACAGUGGUUGUCUACACGCCAGCUAUUCUGGACGAGGGCAUCUACAUGGCAAGUCUGACGCUGCCACCCGGCUACUUCUGGAGUGACGUCAUCGAGCCUCCUGAUGGGGGUGUGGAGCCCUCUAAAGUCAAGGUGGGGGGCCUGGAUAUGGUGGACAAGCUGAAUCAGAGGCGCAGCCCCUGGCCCUGUCCAGAGCUGUACCAGAUAUUUGUUGACGCGGCGCUCAGCGGAGCUCGUGCGAUGGCCGCUCAUCACAACGGGUCCUUGACUACGGUGGCUCGAAUGUUUGCGCGUGUGGACGUUGCGCUGGGAACGCACUGGGAUGAGAGCGGAGAGAACAUGUUUGUGGAGCCCCUCAUCAAUGAGAUGGACUGGUUCAACUCAGCAUCGCAGAUGAUUGCGCACUGGGAGACAGAUGACAGUUUAGAUGGCCAGAAAUCCUCAUGGGGCCACCGUCUUGCGCAGCCCCUGCUGCGAGAAAUCGUGCGCAGAUUUGAUGAGACAAGAGACCCGACAUGCCAGUCUGGAUUGACUAUUGACUAG